AGGAUAGAACUCCCAGAUUUCAAAGUCACUUGGUAAAUUGUAAAGAAAUUGUUAUAAAUAUUUAUAAAUCUACAAAAUGAAACUUAAAAUGAACUUGUAUAAAUACAUGCAACUACUGUUCAUCUACUUGAGUCUGAUGUUCACCUGCUGGAGUAUUCUUUUAAGCCCCAGAUUGGUGUAUUGUGGCCAAUGGGCUUUGCCUUACAUUGGACUGGAGAUCUCGAGUCCAGCGGUAACUCUAAUCCAUGCGAUUAUUUUCUCCAUGCUGCCUAUGGGGGCUCUCCUUGUGCCCAGUGACUUAUUGCCGGCGUCUCGUUAUCAUUAUGAAUGGAUUUUCGUGCUGCCCUAUGUGAUGCAUUGCUUGGGCUCUUACAUAAUCAACGUGCAUGAAUGCUGGGAAAGGAUGCACUCUGAUUCAAUUAUUGCGGAGAUAAAGACGACUAUUGACUUACAUGUGAAGCUUAUGAUUUUUGCGCUGAUGCAGAUUGUCACACUGGUCGAAAGCACCAUGAUCUUGUACUUCUCCAUUGAAAAGAAGUACAAACUUUCUAGUCUUUUGAGUACUUUACCAAAUUAGCAGUCCACUAAUUGCCUUUGCCUUAAAAAGAAAACCAAAAAAACGAAAAUAAAA